AUGCUGGAGACUGCUCCUGCUGGGUCAUGUUCACGUUACACUGGUUUGAUGACUGUCAGUUUGGAACCUGCAAGGUGGUUACAUGUUCAGGAUCUUGUUCCUAAGUCUUCUCCUGAAUUUCCUCACCUUGAGCUUUGCACAGAGCACCAUCGCAUUGGUAAACACAGUUUUGACAAGCUUAGGCCUCCUGGCGUUGCAUGUUUACUUUCAAGCCCGAGUAGGAUGGUGACGAGCUUGAUCUCCGGUGGAGUAGCAGGAAUCGCUGCCUCAACAGGGUUCUUGCGAUGGAUGAGACUUGGCGACGGCAGCGAUUCGAUGCGCCGCACCAGCAUUCGCUCCUUCGGCAGCGCCGCCGCGGGCGCCCGAUCAGGUGUCGGCGUUCAAGGUCACAAGGGAUUUGCGCUAGGGCAAUUUGCGCCUGGGCGAUCCACGCCCAGGCGGCGGAGAGCAAGCAGCUGGGGAGACAUGUACGCGAAAUGCGGCAGCAUGGAGGAUUCCCGCCGCGUGUUCGACAGCAUUCUUCACCCAAACGUGAUGUCCUUGAUGCUGGGCUACGUCUCCAAUGGCGAGAGCGAUGUGGCUCUGGAUCUCUUCGAGAGGAUGCAAGCCAGGCGGUCGGGCUGCAAGCCAAACUCCAGGACGCGGCAAAGGCUUGUAGCAGCCUCGCGGCGAAGGAAGACGCUGUUUUGGUCGAUGGGAAGCUCGUCAAGGAGGCUAGUCUCGAGACCGGCAGAGGCAUCCAUUCUCAAGCCAAGCAGAUGGGACCGUCUUGCAGCGAAGACGUUUUCCUCUCGAGCUAAGUGCGGCAUCAUGCUCGAUGCUCGAUCGGUCUUCGAUGAGAUGCCACAGCGAGACGUGGUCUCCUGGAACGCGUUGAUACUGGGAUACGUAGAGAAUGGAGAAAGCGAGGUCGCUCUCGAGUUCUUUGGGAAGAUGGGCUGCUCGCCAAACUCUCGGACUUUCGUUGCUGCUGCCAAGGGCUGUGCGAAUCUAGCAGUGAAAGAGGAGGCCACCAAAAGAUGGUGA